AUGGGAAAAUUACUCAAGCCAGGAAAAGUUGUUAUCAUGUUGAAUGGACGUAGAGCUGGAAAGAAGGCAAUAAUUAUUAACACCUAUGAAAGCCAAACGAGGGAGAGACCCUACAGCUAUUGCCUCGUUGCGGGAAUAGAAAAGCACCCACUGAAGGUUACCAAAAAAAUGUCCAAGAAGAAAAUUCUGAAGAGAUCCAAGGUCAAGGCGUUUGUAAAGUACAUUAACGUGAACCACAUUCUCCCAACGAGAUACCAAGUGGCCAACGACUUUGACAUUAAAAGUUUAGCAUCGGAGGAGGUUUUGAAAUCCAAGAAUAAAAAGAAGGAAGUUAAAAAGUUGGGAAAAAUGUUCAGAGAUAAAUUCUUAGACCCAAUUAACAAAAAAACCGGUGAAGUUUCCAAGGACAUUUCAUUCUUGCACAAGAAAUUAUACUUCUGAGUUUGCAUCACCCUUGUGCAAUUUGCCUAAUAAUUUUUUUUUUUUUUUUCUUUUCGCAUUUUAUAUAUCGUGCAUUUUUUGCCAUUAUUUUAAUUUCAUGUGAUAAAGAACAAAAAAGGCGUUGCAUGCUUAGUUAA